AAUACUGCCUAUCACAGCUCUAUUAGCACACUUUUAGAUUUUCCAUAGGCCAACAACUUUUUAUUCUCAAAAAAAGUGUGAAAAGAAAAAUGAAGUUAAGGGCACUUGUUCUAUUAUUUUUAAUGACAUUUGGGAUGUUUAUAGGGCAGUCCAAUGCCUCUAUUAGCACUUUUAGAGAUUGUUAUUCAAAAUGCUUUGUAUUUUGCUUAAUUGAACCUUCACAAAAUCUUUGCACUUGCACUUCUAGAUGCUUAAAAGAAUGUAUCUUUAAUUCUGAUCCAGGUAAUAAUAGUUCAUCUAUUGUUACCACUUCAAAAAAUGAUGUUGCAGUUGGAGACAGUAAGAACCUUAACUUCUGCAAACUAGGUUGUGCUUUCUCUACAUGUUCUACUCUCAGUACAAAACAUCAACCUAAUGGUGGAAAAAUGGAUGACUGCGUUGGAUCCUGCUCAAGAAUGUGCACCAAGAACUACUCGUCUCCAUAGAAGUGGCAUUACUACAGUCUACUCUUCAUUUUUUACCUUUUUUUUUGUAUGUGUGUGUGUGUGGCAGUUCCCAUUUUUCGAAAAUUUUCUUUUUUGCUUAUGUUGUUUUCAAGUUUGAAGAUUGAAAAGUAAUUCAUGAGAGUGUGCUUCUGAA